AUGGUUGAGCCAUGCACACUUCCUUGCAAACAUAUAUUCUGUAUACAGUGCAUCAACUAGUAAAUAAUGAAUAAAACUUAAUGUCCAAUGUGCCGCUAAGACUUUUAGUAAAAUUAUCUACCUCAGAUUGAUACAGACCUUCAGAGUAAGAUCAAGUUGAAAUACCCAUAGAAAUUUGAAGAAAGAAAUGAAGAACUUAAAUAGUAAGGUUUGCUUGAAGGAAACUUGGUAAAAGUUAAAUUUAUGUAUGGAAAUGACCAUAAACUGAUCCCUAAUCCCAAAAAGCUUAACAGUCAGCACCUAGGUGAAGAAAUUGAGAAUAAACAUACUUGGACAGUAUUCGUCAGAAUAGUUAAAUCAUAAGGAUAAAUAAUAGGCAAUGAAGCUAAGAAAUUUAUUUCAAAGGUGAAGUUUGGAUUGCACCCGACGUUUGGAGCUACAGAAUAAACUGUUUAAUAAGAGCCUUUUCAAAUGACAAAGAUAGGCUGGGGAACUUUUGAAGUACCCAUAGAAAUACACUUUAGGAGAGAAACUGGUAAAAGAGAUAAAGUUACCCUUUCUCAUUAUUUAAGUUUUAAUGGCCAUGGAGAAACCAAAUGGUUUACUGUUACCUUUGACAAAGAAAAGCUUGAAUAAAUGAGCAUAUGA